UCACCGCUCGAGACACAUGCAGUUUCCCUGGCAUCGCAGGUUGCAGAAUAUGAGACCAAUACGGAGUGAAUCCACAUCGCCAUGGGAAAUACGGAGAGCGGUGUGACCAGCGGGGAGAAGGCUCAGGCCGGCACCUCCACGCAGAAGCUCUACAAGCUGGUCGACCUCAAAGGUGGCGGCCUGCUCGUGGACAUGAUGAAGCGCGCCAUCCAGACGAAGCAGUACGCGGAGCUGGACCACGCCAUAAAGACCAAGGUGGAGCCUUUCCUAUACAACAAGGGCAAGGGGAAACUCUUUCCCAUUUCGCACGUCGUCCUGCUGCGUAACAAGGAACGCCCACGUCACAAACUGUUACCACCACUUCGUUCACUGGAGAACCCAGACGAUUUUGACAUCGAUGAUCUGCCAAUUCCUGACGAGAGUAAGCUAGACCCCAGCAAGUGCCGCGAGGUGUGCUGGGACCUGAAGGAGCGCGGCGCGGUGGGCGAGACGGUGCUGCACCUCUGUCUGCUCAACGCCACCUCCACCCACGCCGAGCUGGCCAAGCGCCUCCUGCGCUUCUACCCCAAGCUCGUCAACGACAUCUACAUGGGCGACCAGUACUACGGUGAAAGUGUGCUGCACAUAGCGAUCGUGAACGAGGACCCGGCCAUGGUGAAGUUCCUGCUGGACAGUGGUGCCAACGUGCACGAGCGCUGCUUCGGCACGUUCAUGAGCCCGGAGGACCAGAAGGCCCAGCGCUCAGACUCCCUGGACCACGAGUGGGUCAACGUCAACUCGGACACAAACUAUGAAGGCUACGUGUACUGGGGGGAAUACCCGCUGAGCUUCGCUGCCUGCCUGGGACAGGAGGAGUGCUACCGGCUGGUGCUCGCCAAGGGUGCCAACCCAGAUAGCCAAGACACCAACGGAAACACCACGCUGCACAUGCUCGUCAUCCACAAGAAGAUGACCCAGUUCGACAUGGCUUAUGAAGUUGGCUCUUCACUCGACAUUAAGAAUAACCUCAACCUCACACCGCUCACGUUAGCCGCUAAGCUGGCUCGAAUAGAGAUGUUUUUCCAUAUCUUAAACAUAGAAAGAGAGAUCUACUGGCAAAUAGGAAGCAUCACGUGCGCAGCCUACCCGCUCUCGCAGAUCGAUACCAUCGAUAUCGAAACAGGGAACAUCAGCAAGAACUCAGCCUUGAAUCUGGUAGUAUUUGGGGAGAAAGACGACCAUCUAGAGCUGAUGGACGGCGUUCUGGUCGACCUGCUGCACGCUAAGUGGAACGCCUUUGUAAAAUUCAAGUUCUACCGGCAGUUCUUCCUGUUCUGCUUCUACUUCAUGUUCUCGCUGGUGUGCUUCACACUGCGGCCGGGCCCGCCCCCCACCAGCCUCAAGGCGACGGCGAGUCCUGCCAUCAACGCCACCAUCACGAAGAACAGCACAAACAGCAGCGGGGGCGGCGGCAGUGAGGACAAGGAGGAGGAAACGUGGUGGGAGGAGCUGCAGGGCGAGUGCCGGCUGAUGCAGUUCCACAGCCUCGAGGCGAAGGUGCGGCUGGGCGCCGAGCUCGCCAUGCUGGCCGGCUCCUUCCUCUACAUCCUGUCCGCGCUGCGCGAGGCACACUUUUUGGGCCUCAACAUGUUCAUCGAGAACCUCAUGACGGCGCCGUCGCGCGUCAUGUUCCUGUGCUCGUGCCUGUUCAUGCUGGGGAUGCCCUUCCUGCGCCUGUCGUGCCACACGGAGGCCGAAGACGUGGUCGCCGUCUUCAUCAUGCUCACCACCGCUCCCUACUUCCUCUUCUUCUGCAGGGGCUUUAAGACAGUGGGACCCUUCGUGGUAAUGAUCUACAGGAUGGUAAUGGGUGACCUUCUUCGCUUUGUGUCGAUUUACCUCGUUUUUGUCAUGGGAUUCUCUCAAGCGUACUACAUAAUAUUCCUGUCAUUCGACAACCCGAACACCCCGGAAGGCGUGGACGACUCUGUCACCAACCCAAUGCCCAGCCCGACGGAAUCCAUCAUGGCGAUGUUUCUCAUGUCGCUAACGAAUUUCGGCGAUUACUUCGGCGCAUUCGAGCGCACUGAUCAUGAACUGGAAGCUAAGCUGCUGUUCGUGAUCUACAUGGCGAUCGUGGCCAUCCUACUAGUGAACAUGCUGAUCGCCAUGAUGGGGAACACAUACCAGAAGAUCGCAGAGACGCGCAACGAGUGGCAGCGACAGUGGGCGCGCAUCGUGCUGGUCGUGGAGCGAGGCGUCAGUCCGGCGGAGCGACUCAAGAAGCUCAUGUGGUACUCGCAGCCCAUGUCCGACGGCCGGCGCGCUCUCGUACUGAGGCUACACCAGACGGAGGAAGACAAAGAAGAAAUGAAGGAGAUCCUGGAGAUGAAGCGUACACAUGAUCGCAUGGUUAAAAAACGUCAGCGUGGUAUUCAUAAAGGAUUGUCAGCCACUCCCAGCCCAAAGAGGCUCGUCCUUUAG